CCGACCUUUUUAAAUUAAAAUCGGAAGUAUGAGUAUUAAAUUAUAUUAAAAUAAGACGAAAGUGGUGUCGCAUUUUAGUUUUUAUGAAGGCGUAAUCAACACUUAUUGUCGUGUUUUUAAUGCUAAAUUUUUAACUUUGAGCGAUUCAAUAUGGGAUCAACGGAGUCAAAGAGAGAAAGCAGAAUGGAAGGCUAUCGGGUGGAUGUCGCAAGGAGACCAAGCUAUACCUACAGGACCCAAUAUGGACACAACUGGUAUUGCAGUGGCAAUGAGUAUCUUCAAAGAAUCAACAACUCAUUAUCAGCUAUUAAAGUUUGCAGGAGUGAUGCCAUAAGUCUGGAGAACACGCUUCGGUGGGAAUUUUUUGACAAUUGGCAAGAGGAAUGUGAAAUUAAAGAGUUUAAGGGGUAUUCAACGCUUCAGCUUAGUUCAUUGAUUUCAGAUAUAAGCGAGAUGUACGGCGAAGAUUCAAUUCGUAAAUUAAACGGGAUUCAAUUUUGCCAACAUCUUGAAACAAAGAAAUUCGAAUUUAUUUUUGGUACUGAUCUUAGAACAGGAAACUUGAAAUUUGGAACGGUAGUCAUGACGAAAAAUGGGGACACUGUUAACGCAGUUUGCUGUGUGUAUAAUCUGAAAUUUUCUGUUGCCGCAGAAGUGGAAAGUGAAACUACAAAGGAAUAUUUUCUAGGAUUUGAAACCAGUUCAAAAACCAGAACUUGGACGAAGCAAAGGAGUAUUGGAUUUGUCACGCAGCGAUCGCUUAUAAACUUCUGCCGGAUGAAGGCUUUGGAUGAGUUCCAGAGGCACGGAGUAGUAUCAACUAUUAACGUUGUCAGGUCAAUUACCGAUGCUGAACAGUGAACACUGUUCAAGGAGAAUACGUCAGAUACAUCUAUGCCAGCGAUAAAAAAGCAGACUUGUUUGAUGUUUUUUGUGUGUCCUUGCAUAGAAUGAAAUCAAACUUCAACAAUGACAUUAUAUUCAAGGACCAGAUUGAAUCAUCCAAUCAAUAGUUAAAAUUGUUAUGCUUCAGCUGAAGUGAAAUGAGUUGAUUUAUUGUAUUCGAUCUAUAACCCUAUAUUGCAAAAUCGGCUUUCGAAACAGAGUUCCAUCUUGCGUGAUACCGUUGCUGCUGUUACCAACAUGAUACAUUUAAUAAAGUUCAAUGACUUAUUCCAAUUUUGGUCAUUUAUAGAUAAACGAUAAUAUCUGCAUUUUGUAAAUAUUUGUUUCAGCAAGUUGCAAAAUGUUAAAAUAUUAUUUUAAAUGCUGUUUCACUUCAUUAAUUGUUUGUUCUGAAUUUAACUUAAUACAAGACAAGACAAAACUAUUUAUUUCGUAAAUAUUAUACAUGCAUGAGAUGUGAAUAAUUAUUUGAUUAAGAUAUAUAAUUAUAUAAAUAAUGCAAUUUUCUUCAAGUUCAGAUCAUUUUUCGUUUUCAUCACAUUAAUAAAAUCGAUGUGUUCUGUAUUUCCACUCUACCAAGAUAAUGAUGAAUGUUACGAUCUUCGUGAAAUUUAAAAGAAUAAAAAAUUCAUGAAAUUUGUUUUCAAUGACACAAGUGCUUUUAACAUUUAGACAGUGUGAACAAUGUUUAAGAUCAUGCUCUAUAUAUAGAUGUCGUACGGUUUUAAUUAGAAAAUUACGGUUCGAAAAUCUAAACUUUAAGAUGCUUGUACCAAUGUUACACUUCAGAAAUACGAUCCUAAAUAAUACUGUUUAAUAGAUUUCACCACCCCUCGAUAGAACAUACGUGUUCUUCCAUAAAUUGUUAUUUUGUAUUUGUUGUUUUCAUGUAACUUUUAUGUUACAUUAUAAAAUGUUGUUAUUCGUAUUCACGUGACAGAAAAUAGUUUGUAUAUUUUAGUAUGAAGACGAUGUACUACUGUAUAAGUAUAAAUAACCUAUCUGUC